UGCGUCAGCGUCGCCGAUCCGGCGUCGUCCGCGCGCCCUCAGCUCCCGUGUCCGUGUCCGUGCCGGGCCCGCGCCCUCAGCUCCCGUGUCCGUGUCCGUGUCGGGCCCGCGCCCUCAGCUCCCGUGUCCGUGUCCGUGUCCGUGUCGGGCCCGCGCCCUCAGCUCCCGUGUCCGUGUCCGUGUCCGUGUCCGUGUCCGUGUCGGGCCCGCGCCCUCAGCUCCCGUGUCCGUGUCGGGCCCGCGCCCUCAGCUCCCGUGUCCGUGUCGGGCCCGCGCCCCGGUCCGGUCCCCUCAGCUCCGGCCUCCGUGUCGCCACCAGCCCACCACCACCACCGCCACACCAGCUCCUGAUCCAGGAGUCAUCGCCGUGGAGCUGACCCGUACCCGGCCUGUUGUUGACGGCCCUCGGCCCCGAGGAGAAGAGAGCCUCGGCCCGGACGUAGGAGAAAAGCCCCUCGCCGGUGGGAGGAGCGCCGGCCCCAAGGGGGAGGCCCCGGACACCAAUGUCCUGCAUUGUGGUGAUGUGUUCCUGCUCGUCGGCUGCUCGGCUCCUGCGCUCGUCCGCAGCCGCCUCGGGUCUGGGAAUUGCGUCCAUGCGGUUCCAUUUCCCAUUCUUGGGAAACUUGAAUGGCUUUGAAACACAGGGAGGAAGAAAAGUUUUUAAGAGAGCAUUUCAUGAGACAGUUACUGUGCUUGCUUCAAAAGAUGGAGGUAAAGAUACAUCUGGAGAUAGCAACAAGAAGUCUGUCAGUGACGGGGGCAGCAGGCGAUCUUCUGGUUCAGGCAGUUCAGGAAAAGGUGGAAACCAGCUGCGCUGCCCAAAGUGUGGAGACCCAUGCACUCACGUGGAGACCUUUGUUUCUUCAACUCGCUUUGUGAAAUGUGAAAAAUGCCACCAUUUUUUUGUGGUGCUGUCUGAAGCUGACUCCAAGAAGAGCUUAAAUAAGGAACCAGAAUCAGCAGCUGAAGCUGUGAAACUCGCUUUUCAACAGAAACCACCUCCACCUCCUAAAAAGAUAUACAGUUAUCUCGACAAAUAUGUAGUUGGUCAGUCCUAUGCUAAGAAAGUGCUUUCAGUCGCUGUGUACAACCAUUACAAGCGCAUUCACAACAAUAUUCCAACUACCUUGAGGCAGCAAACAGAAGUGGAGAAACAGGCUUCCCUGACGCCUCGUGAGUUAGAAAUCCGAAGACGAGAGGAUGAGUACAGAUUUACAAAGCUACUGCAAAUAGCAGGUAUCAAUCCACACGGUAAUGCCCUGGGAGCCUCCAUGCAGCAACAGGCGAGUCAGUCAGUUCCCCAGGAGAAGCGAGGGGGCGAGGUGCUUGAUUCGGCUCAUGAUGAUAUAAAGCUGGAGAAGAGCAAUAUUCUAUUGCUUGGUCCCACAGGAUCAGGCAAAACCUUAUUGGCCCAGACUCUUGCUCGAUGUCUGGAGGUUCCCUUUGCCAUUUGUGACUGCACUACCCUCACGCAAGCUGGAUACGUGGGUGAAGAUAUUGAAUCAGUCGUUGCUAAGCUCUUGCAGGAUGCCAAUUAUAAUGUGGACAAAGCACAGCAAGGAAUAGUAUUCUUGGACGAAGUAGAUAAGAUUGGCAGUGUUCCAGGGAUCCAUCAAUUACGUGACGUGGGCGGUGAAGGUGUUCAACAGGGACUACUGAAGCUACUUGAAGGAACAAUUGUAAAUGUUCCAGAAAAAAAUUCCAGAAAGUUACGCGGAGAAACAGUCCAGGUGGAUACAACUAAUAUUUUAUUUGUGGCGUCUGGUGCUUUCAACGGCCUAGAUCGGAUAAUCAGCAGGAGAAAGAAUGAAAAGUACCUUGGAUUUGGAAUGGCCUCAAAUCUUGGGAAAGGAAGACGGGCAGCAGCAGCUGCUGAUUUAGAAAACACAAGUGGUGACAACAAUACUGUCCAGGAACUGGAAGAAAAAGACAGACUACUUCGCCAUGUCGAAGCCCGAGACCUGAUAGAGUUUGGAAUGAUACCGGAAUUUGUCGGACGUCUGCCUGUGAUCGUCCCACUACACAGUCUGAACGAGGAAACGUUGGUGCGGAUUUUAACAGAACCUCGAAAUGCUGUCAUCCCACAGUACCAGGCUCUGUUCAGUAUGGAUAAGUGUGAUCUUAAUGUGUCCGAGGAUGCUUUGAGAGCUAUCGCCCGCCUUGCUCUGGAGAGGAAGACUGGUGCUCGAGGCCUGAGGUCAAUCAUGGAGAAGUUGCUGCUGGAGCCAAUGUUUGAAGUGCCAAAUUCUGACAUUGUGGCUGUAGAAGUGGACAAAGACAUAGUUGAUGGAAAGAAACCACCUGGAUAUAUACGAGCGGUAUCGAAGGAGCCUGUUGAAGAAGAGUAUGAUUCUGGAGUGGAAGAUGACCGAUGGCAUCGCCAAGUAGAUGCAGCCAACAACUAAACAUAAUAUGGAGCAAAGUGUGCAAAGAUGAGCCUCGUACAACAUUGAAACUAGUUUUAUUUUCAUUAAUUUUAAGGUGUUAUUAACCUGUUGCUCUCACCAGAGAGUUACUGUUUGAAGAGAAUGGUGGUUUGGAAGGGGUUAAAGGUUUCUAUCUCCUCGGCAUGAUCUCAACAGACCUGGAAACUGAUCAUGUGAUUGUAAAAUAGCAAAACUUUGUACAGUGGACAUUAUGCCAUCUUUGAAUUUUACUGUAAGCACAUUUCUAAAUGUGUUUAUUAUAUGUUACAAUUUUAGCGGCUGCUUCCCUAUAGUUUAGGAAAAAAUGUUCAGGAACAAACUGUGACUCUUGUACAAUGAACAAGAACUCUGAACAUCACUUUUCUUUCUCAAAUGCAUCUAAACGUUUCACUGUUUCUUUGUGCUAGAGGUGCUAUAGUCAUAUUACAAAGAUUUACUUUAAUUUAAAAAAAUUAGAGAUUCAUAUUUGCAUUCAGUGUGUGGGGAUCAGAUUGAGACAUGAGGGACUAUAGCAAAGAUCAAUGAAGUGAAAAAUAAACAGGUUUUACUAACAGCUAUUGUGAGGAUGUCAAUUUCAAUUCUUGAUGUAUAAUGCUUUGGCCAUGAUUUUGGUUCAAAUCUGCUUGUGAUGGUGUAUACACAACAUUGUUUUGGAUAUCUUUGAUAUUGAGCACAGUACAAAUGCACAAUAUUUUUCUGCACUUCCUUCUGUGCUACUAGUGACCAGCAGUGGGAUUGAAUGUAAUCCUUUAGACAUUCAAUUUAUUGCAACACUAAAGGAUAUGAAGAUGAAUUACUGUAAUUCUCUGGUUGUAUAAAUAAAGUGUACAAAUUGAGCACUUAA